GGACGAGCCGAAAACCAAGCCAACGAGCCAAGAACGAAGGAAAGAAAACGUUUGUUGUAUCCUGCUGGUUAGGUAAAUGAUGUCAUGUUUGUUAAUUGAUUUGUGAAAUAAUUUUUCAAAUCUUUGAAAAUUCAUCAUUUUUGCAAUAUAUUUUCCGUGUUUGCAACUAAAUUCUAAGUGUUUUUACUGUGUGGUUGAACUAUGAAGUUUUUGAUUCAGUAGUACAUGGAUAACAGCCUAAUCCAUGAAACUCUCUAGUUAGGUUAGUUGACGAGGUGUAAACGAACUGUAAUAUUACCGAAUUAUUGUUCACAAACUUUAAAAUUAAAACCAUAAAAAAUGAGUGACUGUAAUAAUCUUGAUAGACAAAUAGAACAGUUGAAAAAGUGUGAAAUAAUAAAGGAAGCUGAAGUCAAAGCGUUAUGUGCCAAAGCUAGGGAAAUUCUAGUUGAAGAAAGUAAUGUUCAAAGAGUGGAUUCCCCUGUUACGGUUUGUGGAGAUAUUCAUGGACAGUUCUACGAUUUAAAAGAACUCUUUAAGGUAGGUGGUGAUGUUCCAGAAACCAACUACUUAUUUAUGGGAGACUUUGUAGAUAGAGGAUUCUACAGUGUAGAAACUUUCCUACUAUUACUUGCGUUGAAAGUUCGCUAUCCUGAUAGAAUAACCUUGAUACGAGGAAACCACGAAUCUCGUCAGAUCACUCAAGUGUAUGGAUUCUACGACGAGUGCCUGAGAAAGUAUGGUAGCAUCACUGUUUGGCGUUACUGUACUGAGAUUUUUGAUUACUUGAGUCUGUCUGCUAUCAUUGACGGUAAAAUAUUUGGUGUCCACGGUGGUCUUUCCCCUUCGAUACAAACUUUGGAUCAAAUUAGAACUAUUGACAGGAAGCAAGAGGUUCCUCAUGACGGUCCAAUGUGUGAUUUGUUGUGGUCUGAUCCUGAAGACGCCCAAGGAUGGGGUGUCAGUCCGAGAGGAGCCGGAUAUUUGUUUGGUUCGGAUGUCGUCCAACAGUUCAACACAGCCAACGAUAUUGACAUGAUUUGUCGAGCACAUCAGCUGGUCAUGGAAGGCUACAAGUGGCAUUUUGAUGAAACCGUCCUCACAGUCUGGUCUGCUCCAAACUACUGCUACCGCUGCGGCAAUGUUGCCGCUAUUCUCGAACUAAAUGAGAAUCUACAACGAGACUUCACAAUAUUUGAAGCUGCGCCUCAGGAUUCACGUGAGUUUCCCUACAGAAAGCCUCGCGCUGACUACUUUUUAUGAGAUCGCGUUCUCUUUGAAGAUUGUUUAACUAUUGAUUGAGUGAAUACUUUCAAAUACAAACACAUUAACCGUGAGUAACUAGUAUAGAAAGGGGGUUGAGAAUUGUUUUGUUCGCAUUAACAAUUAAAAUGAAGACAUGUCUUUUUUUGGAGUUGAUGUAUUCCAGUCUUCUUGUAAAUAUUUCUGUAACAUAGAGUUUAUUCUUCAAGAACAAACUGUCAAGUGAAAAGUAAUUAGGAUUUCUUAUGCAAUACGUUUUUUUAACGAAUUGGAGGUUUAAAAAUUAUUUUCCAUUUGCCAGCUGAAAACUUGCUAAUUGACAAUUACAAAAGUGAUUCACCUCAUUUAUUAAUUGAAUUUUAAAACAUAGACCCAUUCACUAUAAUAUUUUCCUCAGUAUGCGCUGACUCAUUCAGAAUAGAAUAUAGAAAACUUUUAUUGAACCAAAACAAGCUA